AUGAAAGGCGAGCAUUCUUGUUUGCACUGGAAGCCGCUCUGGCUUCUGUUCAUUGUGUUAGCGGUUGUUGGCACUGAUGCAUCAGAGGUGCAACGUGAAUUUCGAGUUUCCGAGCUGGCUCCGGUCGGUCAUAUUAUCGGUUACAUAAGUGGAUCAGCUUUAAUUGGUCUGAAAGCACACUAUUACAUCGUUUAUCCGGAUAGUUCAGGACAAGUGGAGAAUGUGAGUCCAUUUCGAAUACUCCGCCGUCUAAAAUUCAUUACUGCCUCAUCUUUCAGCACGUCUAAGUUGAUCAACUGGCUGGGUCAUUAG